AUGGUAGUCCAUAACCCAAAUAACUGGCACUGGGUAGAUAAAAAUUGUCUUCCAUGGUCCAAAGAUUAUUUCCAAAAGGAAAUAAUAAAUACCUGUUUUGAAAAUGAUUCGUUGAAGAUCUCUUUAGACAAAGUUGAUUCUAUUACCGGAGAUUGUGAUGUUACUCAAAGAAAAGGGAAGGCGUUAUGUAUCUACGAUAUGAAAUUACAAUUUUCGAUCAAUGGAGUUACCAAGAACGAAGAUGAGACGUUCACAGGUACUAUAGUUGUUCCUGAAUUCGUUCACGACCAAGAUGAAGAUGAAUACAUUUUUGAAAUCGAUUCAGAGAAUUAUAAAAUAGAAAUAAGAAAGUUUUUCAUUCCUAUUUUAAAGGAAAAGUUGAUGAACUUUCAAGGCGAUUUAGUUAAUGCCCACGAAAAGGACGUUCAGCAUAAUUCAACUUAG